AUGCUAGCAGCUUGUAUAGAUCUGAAAAGUAGACUCCCCUGGCCAAAUAUGAAAGAAGCCAUGGCAUCAGCGGGAAUAAAUAUGGUAUUUGAUGCAAAAUCUGUUGAAGAUUUUAAGAAUGAUAUGAACACCGAUAUCCGGUACAAGAAGUUCUUAGAACAAUGGAGAACGAAACACAGAGAGUUCAAUCAGUCAUACCUUAUAUUUAUAUACUCAUGUGUGAUUCUGACAUCCAUGACUAAAGCUUUGUCAGACAACAACUAUGAAGGAUGGUUCAACAAAAGGAUCAAAGACUUCUCGGGAACCUUGGGAGAUACUUUUACUCCUGAGAAUUCAAAUCUAGGAACCUAA